AUGGCUAAAAGAAAAUCUGAAGUUGUUGAUAAACCAACAAAGAAGCCUCAUAAAUCAUUACCUGAAACCCAAUUUUCAAUAUGUAUUCCAUCAACAAUAAUAUCGUCAUCAAAUGCUAAGAAUUUACAACAAAUUACCAACAUUGCAUAUCAAAUUUCAAAAAUUUUAACCAUUUACAAUGUACCCGAAAUCAUCAUAUUAGAUGUUCCAAGUAUAGAAGAUAGAAAUAACAUAAUAGAAAAACAAUCAACUCCUGCUGUUAAAUUGGAUAAAAAAAUAAAGUUUAAUGAAGUAGUUCAAGAAGAAGAAUUGAAUGACAUUAUAAGUAAAGAAAGAUCUGACAAAAAUGAAAAUAACAGUGAAUUAUUUGCAAACUUAUUACAAUAUUUCAUAACACCUCCAUAUCUUACAAAGCCGGUUUUUAAACCAGAAAUCAUCAAAAAAUUCACAUAUGCUGAUAAAUUUCCUAAAAUAUCCACUUUACCAUUCAUGAAUAAUAACGAAGUGUCAAAAAAUUUCAAAGAAGGUAUCACCAUUGCUAAAAAAUCACCAGGGAAGAAGAAGAAGAAUAAAUUGAAAGUCACCAAAUAUGUUAACAUCGGAGAAUCCAAACCGUUCGAGUUAUCAAUCGAAGUUCCUGUUAAUGUCAGAGUAACAGUUGAUUUAAUAAAUAAGAAAAUCGUCAGUCCUUUAACUGCUUAUGGUACUGUUGGAAGUAAAUCGUCAUUCGGUUAUUUCACCAGAAUUGUCAAAACUUUCAAUGAAUUAUUCACUAAAAGUGCUAUCCCUGAAGGUUACACAUCUUCGGUUUACAUAGAUUGUGAUAACUAUUUCAGUAAUAAUGGGGAGUUCAGUAGUGAAUUACCAACAUUUACAAAGGAAAAUAACAAGGUAUUGUUGGUAUUUGGAAAUCCUAAAGAUCUCGAAUUCAGUUUCAACCAAGACAAAUCUUUAGACCUCCCAGAUUUCAAACAGUUAUUUGAUAAAACAUUGUCUAUUCCAACUAACAUCAGAAUCGAAGAUGCAGUGAUGAUUGCAUUAACAAAAUUGUAUAAUCCUUAG